AUGUCUGAGGAGCCUGGAAUGCGAGAAUCCUCGCGCUGGGGUGAGCGCCGCUCGUCUGUGACGCAGCCAUCGCGAGAUGUGAUCUUGCUCGGACUGGACCCUGAUAUCGAUGCCGAAAAGCUUCGCACACUUGUGACGGCACUCGCCAACAUGGUCGAUGCACGUCUCGCUGCACCGCCUCAGGAUGCAACAGUCAUUCGUGACCGGAACACGGGUGUGUCUAAAGGCUUUGGCUUCGUCAAAUUCGACACGCUCGAAGAUGCCAAGCGCUUUGUUUACAUGCAUGCACCCUAUAUCCUUCAUCCAGAAACUUGGCUUGGUCCCGCGCCGGGCCUCUCGCAAAAACGGAAGCGCGUGAAAAUCGACUUUAGCAACAGUGAGAGACCCCAGGGCGGCAUCUCGUACUACGAGCAACACAAUGCCCCCGACAGCAAAGACCAGCUGAAACGAGCACGCGCACGCCGUGCGAAGAGCGCCGCUGCGAACGGCGGCCUAUCUGAUGACAUGGCCGAAUUCAUCGGCAGCAGCCAUGGCACUAGUCGCAGCAGUAGCAUCUGCAGCGGUAGCUCAGCUACCCUGGAACAUGCCAACGUACAACAGCAACAGCAUAAGCAAGUCGACUCAGCGAACGAAAAUGCCGGCAUGCGCGAUGCAUCGUGCUAUCCGACAGACAUGCUUCUGUUGGCCCAUGUACGCCUCAGCGCCAGUGUUCGAGACGUAGGCAUGGCUCUAGCCCAAGCGACGACGGGCCUGGAGCAAGUCUUACUUCUUCGCGAGCGUGUAUCGCGUGCAUCAACUGGUCAGGCUUUUGCCAUUUACACAAACGUGGAAGCGGCAAAAGCAGCUCUUUGUAUGUUGCGCAAUAAGCAGGAGCUUCCGCAUGGCAUUCUUGGCAGCACAGACACGGAGCCUGUCAAGACGUCGUAUGCAGAUUCGGUCAUUCUGGAUGAGGCGGAUCCGUUUGACCCAACGAAUGCCGCAUACGUGUACACGGAUCGACGGGGUGACACGUGGCGAUACGAAGACGAGUCGCUGGGCUUUGACAGCUGGAAACCAGAGGAAAUGCCAAUGCAGACGACAAUCAAGUCAACAGUAAAUACGGCUGCCAGUAUCGAGACGCCGUUGGCCUCAUCAGCGCACUCAUCCUUCAGUCUGGACUCCGUGAAGCCCACUGUCAUUCUGCCACCCCUUGUCGCGUCGGGAGGCGCUCCGACCGCCACGCCUGAGCCUGUCGUCGCCAAUGGCACCACUUACUUUAUACCCAAGGUCGCUUUGCCCACGCCAGCACCGGUUCCAGCACCAACACCAACAACACCAGCACCAGCAUCAAUGCCUAUGCCACCCUUGCCACAGCAUGCGGUAUUGCGACUGCUCAACUUUUCCGAUGCGACACGUCGGAUCUGUGUGUUGUGCCAGCGACAAUUUCGUUCAUCAGACAUGCUUGAGCGCCAUGUGUCUGAGAGUGCAUUGCACCAAGCCAAUCUGAAUGAUGAGACAGCUUGCCAAGGAGGCGCUGCUCGUUUGCUGGCCAUGUCUUCUUUGCCGGCGGCUGAAGACUCGAAAGAAAACGCCGCCGCACCAUCUCUACCACCAACAGCACCCAUUUCAUACACCAAGGAAACACCCCAAACCAAUGCGUUGUUCGCCAGGCGUCCCGCGCUUAGGCAAAUGAGGUCCUCCAAUACGUUGGACAGCUGGAACAAGACAGGCAUGUGGACAGCGACCCCAUCAUCGGCGACACCUUUUGCGUCAUGGGAGAGCGGCUACACUCGGCGCCCCAUGACCACGACGUUGUUGUAA